AUGUAUAUCUCACUCUCGUCAUCUCUUCUCCUUCUAUAUGUGGCCUGCGAGACGGUGCGAGCAAACUACGCGUACUAUGCAUUCCACAACUUCCCUCAGAUAUCAGCGUCGCUUAUUGCGCUUCUCUCCGAGUGCCUCAAGCUUUUCAUCGCCAUCUUUUUCCUCCUCCGGUUGCAUGACGGGUUCUCAGCCUCUGGCCUAAAGAAGUGUAUACGAUCGAUCUGGCAAGGAGAAGGUGAUUUCAACAGGAUACUAAAAUAUGCGUUGCCCGCGGCGCUAUAUCUUACCAACAACCUCAUAUAUUAUACCGUGUUGCCCAAGACCUCGCCGAGUUUGCUGCAAGUCUGCGUCUUAGCAAAACUGCCCACUACGGGAAUUCUCCAUCAUUAUAUGAUCAAACCUCAGCGCAACGUUUACGCAUGGUUCUCGCUGCUUUUUCUUUGCGUUGGUCUGGUGGUCUUCAACAUCCCGUCAAGACCGCAAAAUGAUGCAUCAACGGACGCUGGCACAGCUUGGUAUCUAGCCCCUGUUGCCGGCUUCGUGAUAGCAUGUUUAUCAGGGCUUGCUAGUAUAUCAACUGAGACGUCGACAAAAGUUGGAAAAUUCUGGGAAUCACAAGCAUACCUUUAUAUCUGGGGUAUGGUUUUCGCCAUCAUUGCGUAUCCAUUGGCACCUUCCGGCGGGAACAUGCAAAUCAACACAGAAGCGCCAAAGCCGUUCUUGGUUGGAAGUGCUGUGCUUGGACUGGUGGUGAUGACCUCUGGGACAGGUCUAGUUGUCGCGGUUGUUCUGCGAGCCCGGGAUAAUAUCCUGAAGUUGGUUGGAACGGCGGCCUCGCUCAUCACCAUCGCGGCAAGUCAAUAUGUUUUGCUGCCGGAUCUACGUGCUUCGACUUUCACGUCGUGGAAGGUGUGUGGAGGAGGAAUUGUGACGAUCAGUACGUGGUGCUAUAAUUAUUACAGCCAGCAAGAGUGGCCACAGUCCACAGCGACCCAAGAGCGCGAUCUAGAGAGCGAAACAUUACUGGCUGAGGGCGAAGAGGAACCAGUAGAGAAAAGCUCUUCGGUGGAGAAAUUUGAGGCGGUUGAGGGGUCGACCGAGGUCGCCUUACUCCAGCCUACUGCACAGAAAAUUAUUUGUUCUUUGAUCUCUGUUGCUUAUGUGACAUAUGAAGUGGCAUUGAGGACGAACUAA